AUGGACACCUGGAGAAGUAGGAUAGAGAAGAGGUCUCUUAGCAGAGAGAAGUCCAGGAAACUCACCAUCUCUCCCAGAGCAGACAACAGUAUGACACAGAAUAAGGUCCUGAAAAUAGCUGAGGGAUGGGUUAGAAACCUGCUACUCCCAGCGCCUACCGCCACACCUUUGGAUGCCGACCACAAGAACAACCAGGUACCAAUUGUCUCUGGAGAUGGGGCUUGUAGUUCCACAGAGGAGAUCAGGAGCUUCCAGGAAGUCCCCCUGGCUCAAUCUGGAUGUGAGAAAGAAAUGUGUGGUGAUGUGGAGAUGAUGAAAAUACUUGAUCAUCCAUCAGUUGCCAGUGUAUCUCCUUUCAAAGGCAGCCAAUAUUGGGGGGAAACUGUGACUGUGUUCACACUAACAGAACAUUGGAAAGUUCUGGACGAGAAUGGGAGUGAUCUUUGUGUCAACGCCCCUUAUAUUGUGUCCGAGUUUUCUGUAAAGGGACCAGUUGAGCCCACCAUGGUUCUGCUAGGGACAGAUGCCACUCUGCCUUGUCAGCUGACGCCUGAGCAGAGUGCAGCCCACAUGCACAUCCGGUGGUACCGAGCCCAACUGUCCCCCGCUGUGUUUGUGUAUCAGAAUGGACAGGAACAAUGUGGGGAGCAAAUGCUGGAGUACCGUGGCAGGACAGAGUUGGUGAGGGCCUCCAUCAACAAAGGGAGUGUGGCCCUGCUGAUCCAACAUGUUCGUGCUUCUGAUCAUGGCCAGUACCGGUGUCAUUUUAAGGAUGGUCACAAUUCCCAAGAAGCCGUUGUGGAGCUGAAUGUUAUAGGGUUGGGCUCUGUGCCUCUUGUUCACAUGACGGGGCCUGAGGAUGGUGGGAUACGAGUGCUGUGUUCUGCAGAUGGCUGGUUCCCAAAACCCAGGGUGCGGUGGAGUGACACGAUGGGUGUAAAGCUACAGUCUUUCUCUGAGUCUCACACCCAAAAUGAAGAUGGGCUCUUCCAUGUGGAAGCAUCUCUUGUGGUCACAGACAGCUCUCUGGGCAAUGUGACCUGUUCCAUCCAGAAUCCCCUCUCUGGUCAUGAGAAAGUGUCAGCCAUCUUCCUCCCAGAGCCCUUCUUCCCCAGGAUGUCUCCAUGGAAGCCAGCCCUGGCUGGGACAGUCCCUGUGCUGGUGCUCCUCCUCAUUGGGAUCAGCUACAUUGGAUGGAAAGAACACCAAGCCAAAGAAAGAGAAAUAAAGAAAAGGAAGAAAGAAUCUCAGGAAAGAGAUCAGAUGAAGAAUGAAAAAGAAUUGGCACUUAAGGCCAGAGAGAACCUCAAGGCAGACCUCGAACAGCGAAAGGCCCUAUACCAUGCAGAUUGGAAGAAGGCCCUGCUUUAUCCUGACUGGAGGAAGGAACAGUUCCAGACUGCCACUGUGACUAUAAAUCAGGAAAUCUUUCAUCAGAAUAACUCUGACCCAAAGAGAAAAGAGAACGUCAAAGAGGAAACUCAGGAUCUAUCUUUCAGGGAUAGGCAAGAAGACUGCAACCUUAUCACACUGAAUCAGGAAGGCUUCACCUCAGGAAAACAUUACUGGGAAGUGGAUCUUAAGGACACUGAUGAAUGGACUCUAGGCAUUUAUGAGACACCCACAGGCAGCAGUGGGUUACCCAAAGAUCUACAAAACAAGAAAUUCAGAGUCUUAGAGAAGAAAGGACAUGAAUACAGGGCUCUCAGCUAUAUCUCUGAAAACAUUUGUUUUCAAAUGGAUCUCCUGAUAAAAAGGUAUCUACAAAAGAUUGUUAUUUUUUUGGAUUAUGAUGACAACGACAUUUCUUUCUAUGACAUGACUGAGGGUACACACAUCUUCUCCUUCACUCAGGAUAGUUUCUCUGGGUCACUCUAUCCUUACUUCAACUUUAAAUCCAUGAAGCUCUCCUCAUAAGCGUAAUAUUAAGUGUCUUAAAGGAAGAACCCAUACU